UACGCAAUGGCAGCUAGGGCGACCCAAUUCAUUUUACUGUGCUUCCUUCUUAUACUCCAGACUCACCCUCCUGGAGCAUAUGCUGAGAAGGAGCACCCAGCCGGUCGUGAGCGGAUCAGCAUCAACACCAACUGGCGAUUCUGGCGAUCUGAAAAGAAUCCCGAUGGCAUUACGUACGAUAACCGCACCGAUACUCCUCAAGGCAACGUUACAUACCUGAGGCCAUGGAUCCUUCCCAGUGCCAACGAGUUCAUCCCCGAUGCCUCAAAGCAAUAUAAAGUUCCCUCGAGUGGUCCUGGCAUCAACAUUUCAUAUGUACAAAGUACCUUUGAUGACAGCGCCUGGGAAAAUGUCGUUCUGCCACAUGACUGGGCUAUCAAGGGGCCUUUCUAUGUGGGUAACCCUACGCCCAUAACGGGAGGAAUGGGGCGCUUGCCAUCUCAGGGAGUAGGAUGGUAUCGACGGAAGUUGUCUGUGGCCGCCAAAGACGAGGGGAAGGUAACUUACCUAGAUAUCGACGGCGCCAUGUCCUACGCCAUAGUCUGGCUCAAUGGCCAUCUUGUUGGCGGCUGGCCGUUCGGAUACAAUUCUUUUCGCCUUGACUUGACACCCUACCUGAAAUCAGGUGACGAUAACCUGCUAGCUAUUCGGCUCGACAACCCGAUAGAUUCCUCACGAUGGUAUCCUGGCGGCGGUAUCUAUCGAAAUGUCUGGCUUACUAAGGUCGAGCCUGUACAUGUUGCUCACUGGGGAACAUACAUCACAACGAAGGAUGUGUCUGAAAAGUCUGCGACUAUCGACAUCGUAGUGCAGACAGAAAACAAGGGGAAUGGUAGCCAACAAGUCGAGAUUCUGACGGAUGUGCACAUCUACGAUGCGGAGACUGAAAAGAUCGGAGAGAAGGUCGCGGAAUUUCCCAGGACGACUAUCAAGAUACCCGCAGGGAAGCAGUCCGCGAAUGCCUCAUUAACUAUUCAGAAUCCUCGACUAUGGGGACCACCGCCUACUCAGAAACCCAAUCUCUACGUUGCCGUUACGCGUCUUCUCAACAGCAACAGCAAGGCUGUGAUCGACAUUUACCAGACUCCUUUCGGUGUCCGUUCGUUCACAUACAGCGGCGAACAAGGUCUGCUCGUCAACGGAAAACGCAUUAGGAUUCAAGGCGUGAACCAGCACAACCACGAUCUCGGUGCUUUGGGAUCCGCGUGGAACAACCGCGCCGCUGAACGUCAGCUUGAAAAACUGCGCGAUCUAGGGGUCAAUGCAAUUCGCAUGGCCCAUAACCCACCAGCUCCGGAACUUUUGCAGUUGACAGAUCGUAUGGGCUUCGUUGUUAUGGACGAGAUUUUUGACAGCUGGGAGCGCAAGAAGACGGACAACGACUUCCACCUCAUCUUCCCAGAGUGGCAUGAGGCCGACCUUCGCUCCUUUAUUCGGCGCGACCGCAACCAUGCUUCCAUUUAUGCUUGGAGUGUUGGAAAUGAAGUCGGCGAGCAGACAUGCUGUGGAGAGAGAGGCUACGAAAUUGGUCGAUUACUGAACGACUUGGUUAAAGACGAGGAUCCGACACGGCCAGUCACCGCAUCCAUGAAUGUUGCAAAGCCGAAUCAGUCCUUUCCCAAUGCUAUGGAUAUCCUGAGCAUAAACUACCAAGGCGAAGGCAUCCGCGACACACCUCAGUACGCAUGGACGAACGGAACCCGCACGCCACCCCAGUACAAGGCUUUCCAUGACAAAUUCCCCAAUAAACUUCUCGCAGAAAGCGAGUCUGCGGCCGCUUUGAGCUCACGCGGAACAUACCUCUUUCCUGUUACAGAACUCAACAGCGCUCCUGUCAAUAAUACCAACGGUGGUGGUAAUUCGACUCUUUAUCACGUCAGUGCUUAUGAGCUGCACAGUGCAAACUUUGGCUCGUCAGUUGAUAAAGUGUUCGCAGCACAAGACGCGAAUCCUUUCGUUGCUGGAGAGUUUGUGUGGUCUGGGUGGGACUACCUGGGCGAGCCGGAACCGUACUACGACACGCGCAGCUCCUACUUUGGAAUCAUUGAUCUAGCUGGGUUUCCAAAAGAUCGGUAUUACUUAUACCAGUCACGAUGGCGCCCUGAUCUCAAGAUUGCGCAUAUCUUGCCGCAUUGGAAUUGGCCUGAUCGCGUAGGAAAAGUUACGCCUGUUCAUGUGUUUACGAAUGGCGAUGAGGCGGAGUUGUUCCUCAAUGGGAAAUCGCUAGGGAGACAGAAGUUGGGCAAAUCCCAGUACCGCUUCCGCUGGAACGAUGUUGUCUACCAGCCAGGCCAACUGCGUGUGGUCACUUACAAGAAGGGCCAAGAGUGGGCGACAUCCACUGUGCGUACGACUGGCGCGGCUGCAAAAUUACGUCUCACGGCGGACCGAACUCAGAUCGCAGCUGAUGGCAGUGAUCUUUCCUUUAUCACCCUGGAGAUUGUGGAUAGUAAUGAAGACUUGGUGCGCGAUGCCAACGACGCCAUUACCUUUUCGACCUCUGGCCCUGGCGACAUCGUGGCGACAGACAACGGGUUCGAGGCAGACUUCACGCCUUUUCCGUCUAGGAAACGAAAUGCUUUCAAUGGAUUGGCGCUAGCCAUUGUAAAGGCGAGGAAGGGCAAGUCUGGGUCAAUCACAAUUACGGCUAGUGCAAAGGGGUUGGCAAAAGGCAGUGUCACAAUUACAGCGUAGUGAAAAGG